GAUGAGACUGCUAAAGAGGUUAUACGGGUGUCUUACUUUACUGACAUAUGUCUAUAUUCGCGAAUGUGUCGUGACUAUGCAAAAUGUAAGAUACGUUGCAGUGUCAGAUUCAGAAAUGAAGUCAUCAGUCGCAACAAUGUUUGUUCCCUCUAAAUUGUCAUGUGGACUCGUGUGCGAAGAAAAUAAUGAAUGUGUCUCGUUUAGUUACAAUAAUAUAUCUGCAGUGUGCAGGUUAAGUGAUAAAGAUCCAACAAAGGAACCACAGGAAGUUGUAGCAAGUAAUGAAAGUACUUUGUAUUUCAAAGGAUGCGAAGAAGGUUGGAAACUUUAUAAACACACGUGCUAUUUGUUCUCAGUUACGUGGCGCUCUUGGGAAUCUUCUAAGUUGUACUGCGAAUCCCUGGGUGCGAGUCUUGUCAAAGUUGAAAGUGACGACGAACAUCAAUUUAUUCGAAAUCAGAUACAAAAUGGCGGACAAGAGCUCUUCUGGAUCGGAGCACGUUAUAAUGAAACAGCUGGAGAACAUCGCUGGGCUGACGGCACAGAAAUGACUUUCAAUGGUUGGGGUGCUGGAAGACCGGGAACAAUUAAAGGCUGCGUUGAUUAUGUUUGGAACACUGGCUGGUUAUGGAAUUCACAUUGGGACUGUACAAAUACAGAUGGACCUUGCGUUUGUGAAACAGGGCAAAGGAAGACGGCAUUGUAG